CUGUGGCUCCGCGAUCGAUCCGGAAAAGUGUAUAAAAUCGUCAAAACCAUGUAGUAAAAGUAAGUGUCCGUGGUUGCACCAGUGCCCCACUUGCGUUUGGUGAUAUUUCUGGAUCGGGGCCGUUUAGUUUCGGAGCAAAAAUCGCGACAGAAAAAUUCACAGUGAGACCAGUGAAAAAUCUGAAAAUCAACAAUGGCGGCGACCAUCUUUUCGUCGCUGUCGCCACCGCGGUGGGCGUUCGAAGCAGCAGCAGCAUUUUAGAUGAUUUCAAUUUCGGUGGCAAUGUAUAGUUCCGUCCUCGUUGAUUACAGAAGAAAAACUGAACAAUUAUCGACGUAUCUGCGAUUUAAUAAGCUAGAGAUCAAUUUGGUUUUAAAAAAGACUGUCCCUAGUGUGAUUGAAUAACAUCAGUCUCGGUUUUUAUCGAAAACAACCAGUGGAAACGGACCAAUCUAAAAACAAGAGGAAAAAAUAAGUGGAAAUAAAUUUGUUUGAAAACAAAAUUGACUGUGGAAAAUGUUGAUUUGCUGGGGGUUUCCUUUUGAAGUGUUUUAUUUACAUUGUUCUGAUGUUUCGAAGAUGUUACAAAUGGCAAAAUAAGAAGAAAAUUCAAAGUGUGAUUGUAUUGUAUGAAAUAUAGCAUGGAUCCAGAGCAGAUUAUUGUGGAUGAUGACUUCGAUGAUGGCUCCACUGAUGGAGGUUACGGAGAUUAUGAUUUUAUGCAGCAAGAGCAAGAUGUUCUAUCCGGAACCAAUCCACUAGACACAAUUCUAGAUCCUACCACCACUCCAAUAACUUGCCAGUCUUCACCCAUUGAGGAACCGCUGGAGCUGCCUUUACAGAUCACGGCAGCGUCGAGCGGUGGUAAUAGCAGUGGUGGCGUACAACGACAACCGCGUUCCCUGCAAGGACCGUCCUCCGGCCCGCUAACAGCAGUUCGUUCUCUAACGAUCCCCGUUGUUGGUCGGUACGGUCUAGGCGGAGGCAAACCCUCUGCCGCGGCACUGCGUCGUGGCCCUGGGAGACCUAAAAAGGAUUUUAUACCGUUCGUAAAAAUGUCCACUACACCAACAGGAGGCAGCGGCACUGGAGGUGGCACUUCCCCGCUCACGUCCGGUCCAACGUUAAAGUUCAGCGGCGGUGUUCUAACAGGAAGCUCUAUCUCCGGGGGAAGCAUGGAAAACAAAUUUAUGAAAAGAUUUAAAAGUACUAAUGUUGUUCGUGGUAGUAUUCCUAAAAGGAAAUCGGACAGUUUGUCCGGCAUUACCAGUCUGGUGAGCGACGGCAACGGCGGAGCAGGAGGAGGUCUAACAUCCCUUAUAUUGCCUUCUCCGAGCGAUGAAACUCCGGCUGGGAGCACCGCCAAUAGUUCGGUUGCUUCUACCCCAACGGCAGAAAUGGAAACUGAUGCGGCGGCCCUCAUGCCGGCACCGGAGGAGUCACCUUAUUUUCCGGAAAAAUACGCAGGUAAAUUGUGUGCUCUAUGUAAUCUUGCCGAACGCAGCCAGCUCGGUCAAGGUGAGAUGUUACGGAUAGAAGUCAAAGACGAUGUGGAAAUGACAGUGGCGGCCGUUCUACAAUCACAAGAGGAGAAAUCUGCGCUGGAAAUGUUCGGUGAUAGGAGUCCUAAAGCAGCAGCCGGAGGCAUUGCUCUUGGUGUGCCGCCGCUGUUGAACAGUAACAAAAGGCAAAAGGGACUGAAUAAGUGCAAAAACCCUGUUGUAACGGCAGAGUAUGUGGAUGAGUUGGAAAAAAUCGGUCAUUCUGAUCCGAUAGAGUUUGCGGCAAUCAAUGAUGCUGGGUUCUUCUAUAUUCAUCGAUCCUGUGCUAUUUGGUCAUUCGGUGUUAGUCGGGACACCGUAACGGGAACAUUGAGCAAUCUCGAGGUGGUCGUUGCUCAAGCUUUGAACAAAAAGUGCUAUUUCUGUUCUCGCCACGGAGCCAGCUUGUCGUGCAAGAUGUCCUGCCCGAAAUCGUUUCACUACCCGUGCAUUGCUGCAGCAGGUGGUUUUCAAGUGAUUCAAUCGUACAACUGCUUCUGCAAGGAGCAUCUCGGACAAGUGCCUUUAGUGUGUACAGAGGACAUCAAUUGUCGCCAAUGUUCGGCCCUAGGAGACGUUGGUAAUCUGAUGAUGUGUUCGAUUUGUGGCGAUCACUACCAUGGGGCGUGCGUAGGUUUGGCGCAGCUGCCGGGGGUGCGAGCCGGUUGGCAGUGUUCGUCCUGCAAAAAGUGUCAAAUAUGUCGUGUGCCAGAUUCGAGCGAAGGUCGGACAGUUGGUUGCGAACAGUGCGAUAAAAUUUACCAUGCAAGCUGUCUGCGGCCAGUGAUGACGUCGAUUCCGAAGUAUGGCUGGAAGUGUCGCUGUUGUAGGGUUUGUUCGGAUUGUGGAUCCCGGACGCCGGGAGCAGGAACAUCGUCCCGGUGGCACGCACACUAUACGGUGUGUGAUUCCUGCUACCAGCAAAGGAACAAAGGGUUUUCUUGUCCGAUUUGUCACCGAGCUUAUCGAGCAGCUGCCCAUCGGGAAAUGGUCAAAUGCAGUGGGUGUAAUAAAUUUGUGCAUAGUACUUGUGAUCCGGAAGCGGACUUGGCGGUUUAUCAUGUGAAGAAGGAAAAUAAUGCCGAUUAUGAAUACCUUUGCAAUCCGUGUAAAUCGGCUAUUCAUACCGGGCGGGUAGCAGCUAUGCGACGGAAUAGCAGUAUUGAUGAAGAAAGUAUGACUGCAUCUCAGGAAAGUUUAAAUGAUGACCCAAUGGAUGUGGAUCCUGAGCCAAGGGAAAGAAACUCCUCAGGUGAUAUUGGCCUUGGUAAAGGAAAGCCUUUUGUGGCCAGUAAAAUUGCUAAAAAAAGAUUAGGACUCUCGUUUGCUAGUGGUAGCCGGCCAAAAGGCAAUGGGAAAGGUUUCCAGAAGAGGUCGCGUUUGGCUGAUUUCAGUAGAAAACGAGGACCAAAGGCAAAAAUGCGUGGCAUUUUUGGAGUUCCUGGAUUGGGCUUGCAGCGGCCUACGGCUGAUUUUUCAGUAUCCAAAGCGUCUGAAGAUGAACCGGGCGGUGAUAAUCGUCUUGUUUUGUGUUCUGCUAAAGACAAGUUUGUCCUGACUCAGGACAUUUGUGUUAUGUGCGGUGCUAUAGGAACCGAUCAAGAAGGUUGUUUGAUAGCGUGCACUCAGUGUGGGCAGUGUUAUCAUCCUUAUUGCACCAAUGUGAAGGUUACAAAAGUGAUACUACAGAAAGGAUGGCGCUGCUUAGAUUGCACAAUUUGCGAAGGAUGUGGACAACGUAACGACGAAGCUCGUCUUAUACUGUGUGAUGAUUGUGACAUUUCCUAUCAUAUUUACUGUAUGAAUCCACCCUUGGAACAUGUUCCACAGGGAAAUUGGAAGUGCAAAUGGUGUGCCAUAUGUUUGAAGUGUGGCUCGAAUGAUCCUGGGUACAAUUGCAGCUGGUUAAAUAAUUACUCUGAGUGUGGUCCGUGUGCUAGUCAAGUUAAAUGUCCAUGCUGUGCUGAAGGAUAUACUGAAGGAGAACUGAUUAUCCAGUGCCAUCAGUGUGAACGGUGGCUGCAUUGUGCUUGCGAUCAAAUCAAAUCCGAAAAUGACGCUGAACGGUGCGCUGAGGACGGGUACAAUUGCCUAUUGUGUCGACCAUUUGAUCAGCCGCCGCCUCAUUUGAUUCCAAAAAAGAAAAUUAUACCAACACCGGUUUCCACCCCGAAGUCCACUCCCAAGCCCGAGGAGAAAAUAAUCCCCCUUGCGCUCGAGGGAAAUCAUUACGUUGACGGUGUAUGUCUGAGCGAGCAUGGAUUGCAUCAGAUCAAAGCAUUACAAGCCGAAUUCGGCAAGCGUGGUAAACGAAAGCCAAAGCUUCAACUGGAACCUCCAUCGACAGACAAAGAUGCCGGGAUACUGGCUGCGAUAGAAUCCGUGGUUGCAGGAAGCAGCUUGGAUAACUCGUUUGACGACGUUAAAGUCGAACCCUUGGAUCCUAAGGAGGAAGCCGAAAUUUACAAAGAUGGCAUGGUGUGGAACGAUCCGACACCACCGGAAGGAUUUGCUCUAUUUACCAAUGAGCUGGGUGUUGUGGUGCUUCGCAAGAAACGUCAAAGAAAUCUUCAGAAGCUUGGCAUCGGAGGAUUUUUCGUGAGGAAUCGAGCCGUUCGCACAAAAGACGGUAAAGAUGACGAGGAUGGACCUGCCGAUGGGGUUGUUCCACAGCUAGACGAAGGAACACCAGAAGUAAAACCGAAGAAAAAACCAAUCAGACGAAAACAGAAGAAUAAGUUGAUUGAAAUUUACCCAACUAUACUACAAGAUGCUUUUUUCGGGAGAUCGCUUUUAAAUUCUAACAGUACAGUUAAGUUUGAACCACAUGAAAGCGAUGACGACAUAAAGAGUGACGUUUCAGACGACAAAACUAUCAAAUUGAACGCCGACGAACUCAAAUACGUGCAGGAGAUGAAAAUUAAACAGGAAGAAAAAUUACUACAGGAGCAAAAAGCGCUUCAACAAAGCAUGGAACAAGCUCAGACUUUGGUGGCAAAGUCGUCCCAUGCCACUCCAGGGCCAUCAGCCGGUGGCAUCCUAGCAGAUGAUGGGACGGGCGCAAUAAAAACCGAAGAUGAUGAUAAUAGCGACACGGAAGCCCUAAAGGAUGUUUUCGGGCUACCGAACGAUUUAAUCGAGGAAGAUUUCGUUAAUCGCAUAAUGAAUGACGACGAAGAACUAACCAAAACAUCUGCCGCCUUCGAUGAUUUGACGGCGGACGCCGAGCUUGGAGAUGGAUUGACCAAAACAUCUAAGAACGAACUAGCCGACAUACUGAGUCCGGAUUUCAACCUCGAUAAUUUAGGUAACAUGGAUAGUAAGGAGGUAGAGGAAAUAUUUAAAAACGUUCUGACGGAUGAGUCACAGGAAUCUCAAGAAUCGAUGUUUGCUAAUUCAAUGACACCCUACACGUCGAAUACGUCUACUCCAUCGCACAGUAUAGACGCUACCAAAAAAGUUGUAUCCCAACGAUACCUUAACACGGCCGCAAUGGGAAUGCAAACUUUGCCUCACGUGCAUCAAUCGCCGCAACCUCCCACGCCCACGGGUCAACCGUUGCUGGCUGAUCCAUCGUUGCAAGUAAACCUCGGUAUGCAAUCGCCUCAAACUCCGAUGAUGGGCCCGAUUGGCAUGGCAUCUCCUCACAUUCAGCAGUCGCCUCAGCAUCAGUCAAUGGGGCCAAACCUAAUGAUGCAACAGCCAUCGCCACUUCAACAGCAACCUGGUACACCUGGAACUCCAAUUCAGGCGCCGACCACACCGCAGCCGCAUUUACCAAUUAUUCCAACUCAACAGCAACUGCAGCAACAGCAGUCACAGGUCCCAAUUCAAAGCCUGCAACAACCUAUGAUUAUAAGUCCACAGCAACAACAGCAGCAGCAACAGCAGCUUAACCGGGGGUAUUAUUCUAAUAACUUUCUCCCGCAAAGGCCGCAAUUCAGUAUUUCGGAUCCGAUGCAGCAACAACAGCAACCGCAGCAGAUUGUUACCCAGCAAGUUAUGCCUGGCAUGCUGUCUCACCAUCCACAGCAGCAACCGCAACAACAAUCACCCAUUCACGUACAACCGGGGCAAACACAAUGGGCACCAGCGGGUCAACCACUUCAAGCGCCCGCUCCAGCUGGAAUGGCAACUGCUCCACCAGCAAUGCUACCUGGAACAAGUGGUGCGGAGCUUUCGGCAAACCUAGCUCCGAUGGACGAUAGCAUGGGAACGCUAACCGGUUCAUCGGCGGCUCAAAAAAUGUCCGAGCGGAUGCGGUUGGACGAGCCUCUUGGAGAAUUGGCCACGAUUUCCUCCGUGUUGUAUUGUAAUACACAACAUCCUGAACUCAAGAUAGAUUAUCCGAACUGGACCGAUAGAAGCAAACAGAUAUUCAAGCGCUGGCGCUUGCUAUCUACCGAACAGAAGCAACCCUAUCUGCAGCAGGCUAGGGACAAUCGGUCCGCCAUUAGGAUGAAGAAAUCUCAACAGGUACCACAAAUGUCACCUAAAGACGGCAAUAGUAAUAGUUCAGGUCAAGUGAAUGUUGUCCCAUCACCUUCCUCAUCAUCAUCAUCACAACCACCAUCAUCCGUCGUCGUUUCGCAGCAGAGCCAGCUUGCUACUGAUUCCUCGGUGCUGAUCAGUGCUGCCGAGCACUCGCAAUUGAUAACGAAUCAGCAGCAGCAGCAGCAACAGCAGCUCCAAACGCAGAUGCAACUUCAGCAACAACGCCAGCAGCAGCCACAACAGCAAGUCCUCAAACAACAGCAGCUAAUCGAGGAUCAGGACAAGAUAAGCGCUCAGCAAAAGAGUAUGCGCGAAGCCGAACAAGAGCGCCAGUGGAAGCAACUGCAACAGCAGCGUGCCCGGGAACAGCAAAACCAGCAGCAUAUGCUUAUGUCCGAUCAGAGAGUUCAAGAUCCAACAAUGCAGCUGCAAGUAUCCACCGAAGGUUCUCCAAUGGGUCCAAUGGCUAGUCCGUCGCCAAAUUCUCGCAGUCAGUUUGUAUCGCCAGUGAAUAAGGGUAGAAUGGUUCCACUCGGACAAAAUCCGCCCUCUAGUCCGGUGUCGAACUUUCCCCAUCCAGGAAGUAUUCCCGGACGUCCGAUGCCGGUUCCUAUGGGACAGCAGCGCCAGCUGCCCGGCCAGACUCGUCUCAAUCAAAGUCCCUUUUCUCCACAAUCUCAACCACCCCAGUCACCGCAUGACAUGUUACCAGGUUCACCGGCCAGUCAAACUGGCUUAGACUUCAACAGACCGCCGUCGGAAGGCGUUCCGGACAGCUAUGUUCACCAUUCGCCACAGACUCCUCGGUCGGUUGGCCACCAAAGUCCAAUACAGACGCCAAAUCGAAGCCCAGCAUAUUCUGGGCAAUCAGCAGUACCGAAUACACAGACGGCUAUGCGAAUCAAUCUGGACACUCCGUAUGCCCAAGCACCAGGCACACCUAGACCGCAGUUUUCUAGCAAUCAAACUCGUCCCACAGUCUACACUCGUCCUGGAGAUCUGUUCGGGCCAGUACAAACAUCACCUUUUUCGUCUCCUCAUUCAGAUGGAUUCCAUCAACAACCUGUCCAAGAGGGCAAUCGUCAGCUGCGGGAUUUACUUCAACGUCAGCAAAUACCAACUGGGGGUCCAACAUCAGUUAUGGUACAGAAUCAGCAAACGACGUUACAAUCGCCGCAGCCUAUGCAACCUCAAUCACCUUUUCUGGACGAUCAACAAUCAGUUGGUCAACUGCAAGCAAUUCCGCAACAACCGCAGCAACAACAGCUAGUACCGCAACAGCUAGCCAAUCCUCAACUACCGCCGGUUUCUUCUGAUAACGGUACAUUCCGGCAACCUCUGCCACCUAAUAUGAUGACUAGACCAAGACUACAAAUGCCUACCAACACAAUCCGUGCUCCUGGUGGUGGUGUGAUAGCUGUACCUGGUGCCGGACCAAAUGGUGGUGCAGUUAUGGUAAAACAACAAAUAGUUAGAGCUGGUGGCAUGAGUCAAAUGUUGAUUACACAGCAGAACGUACUCCAGCAACAACAACUUUUACGUCAAAGAAUGCAACUUCCGGUCGGUGUUAACCGUCCUGACGGUACAUUCGGAGGCCAAAUGCCCACUGGUGGACAGAUUGUGCAACAGCAGAUGGCUAAGCAAGCAGCGCUUACAUCACAGACAGAUCAGCAGAAUAUAGCGCUAAUCGCACAACGCCUCGCGGGCGAGGGAGAAGCUCACGUACCUCCUUCGACUACGAGUUCAACAACUAAUCCGGCAUCCGUUGCUCAGUCUGGAAAUACCGGUGGUCAAAGCGCCGGUAACAAUCAAACGCAGUCGGGUGGCCCGGUAGACGGAUCUUCAGAAAUACCAGAUAGUGUUUCAGCUGAAUUGGAGAAAUUGGAACAGGAAGAUAAUGCUGGGAUGGGCGAAGUUGAGGGAGUUGGUGACAUCCUUGGAGGACUCGGGGAUGACGAUGACGAAUUGUUAGAUUCGUUAACCGCCGAAAUGGGUGCAGAUUUCAAUAUUCUUGAAUACGCGGACCCCGAACUUGAUACAACUGAUGGCGAAAAGUCCAACAUAUUGGACAGUUUGGAACUGGAGGAACCAGAAGGAGAUAAAUCAGAUGAUAAAAGUAAAAUUUCAGCUUCUGGAUCAAAUAAGCCGGAAGGUUCGGAAAGUGGAAUGAAUAUUGAACAUUCCAAGUUAGCCGUUUCUGACGCUACAACGACGUUAGUUCAAUCCACUAGUGCGACCACAGUGGUAUCGCAACAGCAAAUUUCCGGAAAAAUGGUGUCAGGGCAAACAAUGCUAUCACAGCAGACGCCCAUGCAACCCAUGCAGCCUAUGCAACCGCAGCAGAUGAUCGGUCAUCAACAGACCAGUCAGCUACAACAGUUGAUAGGCGCACAGCAAAUAGCGACUCAGCAGCAGAUACCACCACAGCAACUUCAACAGCAGCUGAUGGCUAGCCAGAUGAAGGCUGUUCGACCCAGUAUGCUGACACCAGCACACCUUCAGCAAAUCCAACAACAGAUGCAACAACAGGUGCAGCAAGCAGCCGCAAUGGGAAAACCCAUGGCUGUUGGUACACAACUUCUGUCCAAAGAGGGUGCUGUUGGUGUAGUGAAUGCAAAUAAUACUGUCUCAAUUACGGUCCGAACCGGAUUGUCGAACCCAACUCGUCUGCAGCAGUUGAAAAUGGGUCAUCCAGGCAGUUUGGUGCAGCAGAAUCUUGUACAAGGUCAACAGCAGCAAACCCGUAUAGUGCACCAAAUCCAGGGUAACCGAAUAAUUCAAACUGUUACGAACCAGCACCAACCAGGACCGCAACCGCUUGGAUCUACUGGUCAACCGGCAUUGCAUCAGCAAAUUCAACAACAACCGCCUCAGGCGGGCAGUGCACCGACAACUGCGCCUGGGCAGCCCCAACCACCGCCACCGCCGUAUCCAGAACCGCCGCCGCCAUAUCCCGGUAGUCAGCAAGGCACCAUUCAAGGCUCUGCAGCCGUUAAUCAGGAGCAAAGACUACUGCUUGAAGAUUUACUGGAGCAAGAAAAACGAGAGCAGGCUGGCCAGCUGGCCAUCAACGAUGUCACCAAUCCGAACAGCUUGCAAUCGAACAUGUUAAACGAACAGGACUACGAGUCGCUUCUGAACAACCAGCAGCAACAACAACAGCAGCAGCAGCAAGGCAUGCGUGUAAUACAGCAGAAUUUACUUCCAGGGCAAAACCCUGGUCAGCUACCACCGCAUGUUCAACAAUCACAACCCAGCCAAAUUCAAUCUCCCACUGGUGGCCAGUACAUUAUGCAGCAGCAGCGAAUCAAUCCUCAAUGGCGUCCUCAAACGCCGGUCCCUGGAGGAGCGAUUGCUAAUUUGAUCAAUCCACUUAAUAAAGUGGCGCCUCCAAUGGCUCCUGGUCCAAGCAGUGUCCAGCCAAUCGCGCAACCUGCUGAACCAGUUCAUAAGCCUAUUCAAACAUAUCAAGCAAAUUUACAACCGGCACCGCCUGUUCCACCGGAAAAUAUUACCAACGAUCAGGAACGCCAGAUCCAGGUUACUUAUGAGAAUUGGAUGAAUCAACAAAAUACUGUGCUCACUAAUCAGCUCAAAUUCUAUGAAACUGAAAUCGGUAAGCUUCGAAAAGUGAAAAAGCAGUUGAACACCAAACAGCGCCAAUUGAAAAAAGCUGGGAACGAACUUCCCGAAGCCGACAUGAAGGAAUUGACACAAAUCACAUCGGAUCAUGCCAUCGUUCAGAAACAGUUGGACAAUGCUAGAAAGCAGCAACGGCAACACACUCUUCUUAUUCAGGAUUAUAAAACCAAACAGCAAGCAAAGAUUCAAGCUAAUUUGGCAACGGCACCUGGAAGCUCGCCAGCACAGAUUGCGCCUCCUUCGCCGUUGAUGUCUCCAUCACCAAGUUCACAGCAAAAUAUUAUCCAUCAAGCACCGGCACAGUCGCCACUGAACAAUCCGAUCUUACAACCGAACCAAAGUCCGCUACACUCUCCCGGUCCGCUAAUGUCUCAAAGUCCGGGUCCAGCUAGUGUAAAUUCGGUUAUGCAAAGCCCUGGACAGCAUACGAACUCAAACAGUGCAAUGUCUCCGUAUAAUACAAUGCAACCAUCACCACGCAUUGGAACACCGCACUCGCAGGCAGCCGAUGAAAAUCCAUUCAGUCCAGGGCCCUCACCAUCGCCGUCGAUUCCGGGAAGGUUGACUUCCCCGGCUCCGAGAAUGACCUCUCCACAACAUCGCGUAUCAGGACAGCAAAUUGCUCCCGGUCGGAUGGUAACCAGUCCUGGGGGGCAAUAUUCACAACAAAAUAUCAUUGUUCAGAAUCAGAUGAUGGGUCAGCAGCAACAAACUCGUUUUGUUCGCCCACAAAUUAUCCCGAAUGAUCCAAAUGUGCGAAUGCGCAUGGCAAAUUCUUUACAACAACAACAACAGCAGCAGCAACAACAAAUUAUGCAACAGAAUCCCAAUGUAAGGCCAAUGCAGCCGGGCUACAAUUCGCCACUCGGAAGUCCUCAACCGAUCAUGUCGCCUGGUACACCUCAGCAACAACAGCAGCAACAACAACAACAACAACAGCAGCAACAAAAUAUACAAAUGAUACAACAGCAGCAACAACGAAUGCAGCAAAUCCAACAACAGAGACAGCAAAUGAUGCAACAACAGUUUCAACAGCAACAACAAAUUAUUCAACAACAGCAACAGCAAUUACCACAGAUGAUGCAACAACAGCAAAUGCCCCAACAACUGCAAAUGCAGCAACAAUUACAGCAGCAGCAACAGCAUCAACAACAGCACCAACAACAACAGCAACACAUUCAGCAGCAGCUCAGUCAGAUGCAACAACAAAAUCAACAACAGAUGAACUUCGCCAAACAGAGUCCAGUUCAUCAACAGCCACCUUCGCCACUUUUGAGUCAGGGAGGAAGCAAUACACCAUCUUCCUCCCCAAUGCCUCCGAGUCCCAUGCUAUACUACCAACAGCAACAGCAGCAACAACAACAACAGCCUCCGCAGCAGCAACAACAGCAACCACCACCUCAGUCGCAAAUGAUACGGCGUCCUCCCAGCGCGUCGAACCAAUAUAUGCAACAGGAUUCGAUGGAAGGUUCUUCAAGUAGCUCCGUAGCUAACAGCGGUAACGGUGGUGGUGGCGGAGGUGGAGGUAACAUUCCGGGGAACCCCAUUCCUAUGCUACCUUGUUUCGGUAAAUAUGGUUUCAUCAAACUCGGACUUCGAGGAGGCUCUCCGAUGUGGGGUAACGCGCGCAAUCAAAAAACUCCCAAUCCAAUGGGACACUUGCAGCAACACCAACAACAACAACAAUUGCCGCAGCAUGUCAGCAAGCCGCCCGGUCAAACCGCAGGUAGUUCUAGUGCGGCUGCCGGUGGCCAGCAAGCGGAUGCGGCGAAAAAGGCUGUCGCAGCGAUGAUGCGCAACCGCAUAACUAUCGUGCAGAAAUCCGGACAGUCAGGUAGCAGGGAACCCGCUGUCGAUGAUAUCGUCGUCAUCGAUAGUAGCCCCGAUGAGAAGCAAAGGGUGCUCGAUUAUGAUGAUGAGAGUGAUAAGCGACUUGUUGCGAAAGAGGUUUCCUUAAGCUCGGUUGCACAAUCAACUACCGAGGGAGAUGACAUCAUGGAAUCGUUCAGUCACUCCGGGUAUGAGAUUGGUGCAAGCCCGCUUGGUGCGCAAAUAGUGAGCAGCGAUUACGAUCUGUUUGUUCAAGAUGUUGUAGUGGACUGCGUAGAUAACGGAAAAGAUGGAGAGAAGAGUGACGUCAAUAAAUCAGUUAUGGCGAAGGAUGGCGAGCAUUCGAAUGUUCGUUUUGUAGCAGUCGAAAGUGGUGAUAAAGGACAACAAAACAAUGAGCGUAAUAUUGCCACUACAGAAGAUUUCGAAGCUAUGAUUGAUAGCCGACCCAAAGAUCCGGAUACUAAAUCUGAUGAAGAAGGCAAGGAACAGAUUGGGGACGAUGGUGCGAAGAUGGGAAUGAAAACUCCUUCCAAAGAUACAAGCGUUAUUUCAGUAAGCCUUCAACAAAGUCCGAAGCCUAUAACUUAUCCUGGACGAAUUGCUAUUCAACAAACCUUGCUGCAGAACCGUCCGCCAAUCGUUACAACCGUAUCAGCAGCACACAAGAAACUCGUAAAAGAUGCCACGGAAACGACGGCUAAACUGUCUAUUGGAAAUACCACUAUUUCCGUUCCAAUAUUGAAAAGUUUUCCGAUGUCUGCCACACCACCUAAAACUCCAGCAGAAAGCUCUUCCAAUCAGCAGAAGCAAAGCCAAUCUAAAAAGAUUGUAAACUCAACAGCAAUUUCAUUGGCCAAUAUUUCGAAGAACCAACAAUCAGGUACAGUUAUUUCAGUUGCUGGUCAAAAAAUUAACACGACUAGCAUCGUUACGCUUUCGUCAAUCAAUUUGCCGCAAUCGUCUGCGUUCAUUACAAAAACAUUCUCGAGAACGUCAAACAGUAUGCAAUCACAUCAACAACCGCAUCACGGCCAGGGGCCACAUACAUCGCAGCUUAAAAUGCAACAACAGCUAGCAUCACAGAGUUCAUCCAGUCCGAUCGAUAAUUUGAUUGCCAAAUCUAAACCAAAAGCUCCAUCGCCGAGUUUAGGUUACGCCAAAUUAUCUACGCUUACAGUUACGCAAGACACCUCGUUACCAACUAAAAUCUUUGAGGACGAUUCUAUUUCACCGGAUAGUUCGAUUGGUCAAGAGGAUGUGGAACAACUUUCCGGCAUGGACAAGGUCGAUGCUGUACUGGUCGAUGAUGCAACAAGGGCAGAAGCUCCUGUGUCCGAAGUUGAACCUCCCAUCAGCUCUCAAGAAGGUUCGAAUGAUUCUCACUCUGGGGAAAUGAAGAAACACAGCGUCAUUCCAGUUCAUGUUAUUUCCAAGUCGCGAGAGAAUUCCAAAAGUCCAAUCUUGGGACCAGCAGGGCAGCGAGUAGUCUCGGCCAUGCCUCAAUUAUCACCAUUAUCUCAGCCGAAUGAACUUACCAUAAACGCAAUGAACGUAUCACAGCAGGUGCGUUCCAUUAUGUCGUCGAUCAACUCCACUACGGUUACCUCAUCGGUUGGUCAACUGAAACCGGAGUCGGGCGGAACGAUAAUUUCUACAGCACUAUCAACUGCUGCCAACACAAUUUCUACCAUCACUUUCGACACUGUGAUUCCUACCAAGGGAGAUAACAUGAGUAAACCAGAGACCAUCGCAAGUAUUCUGAAAACCGUUUCCGGAAAAACCAUUCUACCAGCGGCUGCUGUGGCCAAUGCGUCCAAUGCUAGCAAAUCGGACCAAGGUGGACUUACAGCUUCAAUUUCAUCCAUGCCUGGUACAAAGCUGCUUAAUCAGCAGUUGCAAAUUGGACGAAUUUCACCUGCUGUUUCCUCUAGCGGUAGUAAUAUUUUGGUUGUCAAACAAGUGCGUGCACCAAUGCAGAAACACAUUAGUCAGGCCCAAGCGCAAAAGCAUCAGCAGCAGUUAGUUGUGCUUGCCCAACAGCAACAGCAGCAGCACCAACAACAUCAACAGCAAUUGCAGCAACAGCAGCAGCAACAACAACAACAGCAACAGCAAAUGAAAAUGCAACAACAAAGCCAACAAUUCACCCUUCAACAACAGCAAAUUCAGCAUCAAUCCAUUCAGCAAGCGGGCGUUAUAAUUCAAAGUCAAACUCGAAUUCAACCAGCGGAAGUUGCCAAAAGUAGUGUGGACAGUAGCAGCACGAGCAGUAUAGCAAGUAUUCUAAGUAGCACAUUGCAACAACCUCAGACAAGGAUCGUUAACUUCAGUGAAGUAUCGACCAUAACCAGUCAACCGCCGGGAUUAAUAAUGACUUCUCGCCCGGGCGUAAUUUCCAGUGCUGGGCCAAGUCCUCAAGUGGUCAAUUCUUCGUUGAUGUCAACUGCAACGACGAGUAUUUUGAGUGCAACACUUUCUCAGCCGAUGAAGACAAACACACCAACGAUGUCUACUUUGUUGCAGAAUCAGCUCCAAGGGCCAUCGUUCCGACGAUCAAAGUCGACUGAUGAAGUUCCUGCCGGUUUUCCACGGGAAACACCUGCACAAGCAGUUGGAAAACGGUUGAGUUUGGAAGCUUCUAGUGUUGUUAAAAGCGAACCAGUAGAUAGCGCAGACGAUAAUAACGUUUCGUCUUCGUCCGCCGUUAGUUCAUCUUCCGGUCAAAUAGGAGGGGGUUGCAAAUUUUCCACAAUGACAACUCCUUCGGGAGCGAAGUCGGAAUCGGAUAGUCAAAAUGUGCUGCUUAAGCAGCUUCUUCAGAACACUGGUUCAACAUCAACACCUUCGCCAACGCCGCCGCAGAUUUCUCGUCCAGUACCAAGUUUGAUGACGAACCAACGAGCUCCUAGCCUUGGCGUUGUUAGCUCCUUAGAAGCCCAAUUGGCAAGACCGGUAAUUCCACCUUCAGCGAAUCCUCCCGCAAUUCAAAUAAUCAGUACUCAAGCGGUUACGAUUACGACAACCAGCGGUUCCACGGUUACCACCGAGGCACAGCAAAAGACAACUACAACUAGCAAGUUGGUAUCUAGAGAAACUUCGUUUGUGUCCAAGCCAUCAUCUGUGUCGAUAUCAGCCAGUCAUCCAACACCAAAUUUAGCCGCCAAUAUGCUAGCUGCUAGCAUGAAGAAAGAGGAAAUGAUGCAAGCAGCAGCAGCUUCUGCUGCAGCUGCUGCAUGUUCCAUCAGCCAACAAAUUACGGUUCAGAGUACAGUUAAAACCGAAUGCGGCCAAAUGACAGUUACCCAGAUUACGCAUCCUGUUCAACAGACACACCCGCCACAACAAGCUUCUGUAUCUUCAGCCGAAGUCAGUAACGUAACUUUUAUAAAAAGAGAACCUACACCGGUUCAGGCUUCGGCGAUAAGACCGGAACAACAAUUUCAACAACCACCUUCUCAGAUGCCAAGAGCUGUCACGCCUAUGGAAGUAAAAAAGGAGCUCCCGGAAGAGUUAGUUACCGGUCCUUCACCAGUUUUCUCAUCACCUGUUCCGACUCCAACUGAUUCUAUAAAGCGCGAACCACAGCUGACCUUAAGCAAGCAGGAGCCAACUGAACAACAGCCAGCCGCAGAGGUAGCACCUAAAACGGCUGCGGAAAUUGCCCACGAAUUGAAAAAGAAAAAGCGUCGAGAAUACCAGAAAAAUCGGCGUCAGAUGCAAAUCCUUUCCAACAAAGAACAACACCAGGCGAAGAAGAAACCAAGGAAGUCCGCCAAAUUAGAGGAAGACUAUGACACGUACAUCGAUCAGUUGAUGCUCCAGCUUCGACAGCUUCCUCCGAUGCAAAUUCUCGAACCUCUACUACCGCGAAACUACGGAGUUUGCCAACUGUUCGGUACGGGUGAACUUAGUAAGUUCACCAACGUUAAGAACUAUUCCAUUGCAACAGGAGACCUAUGCGGUUCAUUUGGGAAUGCUCAAAUUCCUAAUGUUGCCGAUUUUUACAACACGAAACCUUUUGGGACAAAAGAACCUCCACCGGAACCGGUUCCAGUUUCAACGCAGCGAGGUUUCUACGAUCAAGAAUUUCCACCAAUCAAAUUCGAAACUGACGAUCGUUAUCGUUAUGACUUCGUCAAAGAUCGCGAUUUGGAUUCGCCGGAUACGAUCGUUAGUACUUCAAGUCCGGAAAAUGUCCGAUGGGAUUCGCCAAUUCACUUCCCUGGUUUGCGAGUUAUUAAAGAAGAGUGUAGCGAAGAUGAGCAAACAACAGUCUACAAGCGAAUGUCUCCUUUGAUUCCGAUUGUGGCACCUGUUCCAAUUCGAUUGAAGAAAGGAAUCUCGCUUAGCGCUGAUAAGGCCCUCAGUAGUGUACUGCCCGGUAGCAACAAGGAGAAUGAAGGCAGCAAAGAGCCUCUGGGAAUUAAAUCCAGAUUUGGACCACCGACGCCUCUGAAGGACUCCAGCAAUGUGACAGUCACACUCACUCUAACAUCUUCCGCUGCAGAGGACAUUAUUGGUGUGCUGCGGGACUUAGCAAACAUUCUGGAAAUACCACCACCUAUGGCAUAUCAAAUCGUAGAGCGCACUACUACUCCCCCCAGUCAAAAACUUGGUUUGUACAGGACCAAAGGUCGGGAUGGAAAAGAAGGCGCCCCGAUUGAUAUUCAAACCAUUUUAAACGGAGCUGCCAAAUUUUGUCGCCAUUGUGACGUCGUAAUACUGAACACAUUAAUCACUGCGAAGCCAUCGGAAUUUCCUUUGUUAUCGAAUAACGCUAACCAGGAAUUGGAAUCUGAAGAACUCUAUUUCUGUAGCAAAGUGUGCUACCGACAGUUUCAGUGGCGUCCUACGAACAUUCUGGAGGAUAAACUGCUUGGUAGUGAAGCCGGCAAACAACGCGAAAGUCUUAGUUCGAAAUAUGACCUGGACAUGGACGACAAUCUAAGUGUUAACAAUACCGAUGUCAAGCAAGAGCUGAUGGAUGAUGCUGACGUAAGUAUGGCCAGUUUUAAAUCCUUCGACAGUCGAGACUCCUUAAUAAAUGAGCGGAAAAAGAAGUUUGACGAAGCGGACAAGGAGGUAGGACCACCUUCUAAGCAGUUCAGAGGUGUAAAAUACAAAUUUUUCGCAUCAAACUGCUUCCUUCUUCAUCGUUAUAAGAAACCGUCAGAGAAAGAAAUUACCGAGAUGUUGUUCCGAAUGAACAUCACUGUGACACCGACUCCAAGAAUGCCUGACGAUACACGACGUUGUAUUUUUUGCCAUACCAUCGGCGAUGGCGUGGCUGACGGCCCGUCGCGGCUGCUAAAUUAUGACGUUGACAAAUGGGUUCAUUUAAAUUGUGCGCUCUGGUCGGAUGGAGUGUACGAAACAAUCAACGGUGCUCUAAUGAAUCUAGAGAACGCUCUACAGCAAAGUCUUAGCUCUGCAUGCACCUUCUGUAACAAUCUGGGAGCAACGAUCAAGUGUUUCAAGACCCGUUGUGCUAAUGUAUAUCAUCUCAGUUGUGCCAUGAAGGAUAAUUGUGUUUUUUACAAGAACAAAUCCACAAUGUGUCAGUCACAUGCAUCGAAGACUGAAAAAGAUUCCGAGCUGACGACCCUCAGUGUUCAGCGGCGCGUGUACGUGGAUAGGGACGAGAGCCGCCAGGUGGCUUCUGUGAUGCAUCAUUCCGAAUCCAACAAUCUCCUACGGGUUGGCAGCUUGAUCUUUCUGAGCGUGGGUCAAUUAUUACCUCAUCAGUUGCAGAACUUCCACACGCCAAACUAUAUCUAUCCAAUUGGGUACAAAAUCAUGCGAUUCUACUGGUCAAUGCGACGGCCAAACAAACGCUGUCGAUAUGUAUGCUCCAUUGCGGAUGUUUCUGGUCGACCCGAAUUUCGAGUGCUAGUACAAGAACCUGCAGAAGAGGACAUUGAACUGCGGGAUAAUACGCCAAAAGCCGUUUGGCAGCGGAUUUUGGAACCGAUGGCUGUUCUCCGGAGGGAAAAUCAAAUUGUUCAACUAUUUCCAAAAUACGUUUCCGGCGAAGAUCUGUUCGGACUGACUGAACCGGCAGUCGUGCGGAUUUUGGAAAGUCUACCGGGCAUCGAAACACUAACCGACUAUCGUUUCAAAUACGGUAGAAAUCCUUUACUGGAGCUACCUUUGGCAAUCAAUCCGUCAGGGGCGGCUCGAACAGAGCCUAAGCUCAAACACACUCUAACCUGGAAGAAACCACAUACCCAGCGAACCGGAUCGGUUAGCCAACGGCCGGCAUUCGUUCCCACCAGUUCACCCGCCGGAGAGGUUGCCUGCCCUUACAGUAAACAAUUUGUACAUUCCAAAAGUUCGCAAUAUAAAAAAAUGAAACUUGAGUGGCGUAACAAUGUAUUCCUGGCGCGUUCCAAGAUUCAAGGUUUGGGACUGUAUGCUGCUCGAGAUUUGGAAAAGCAUACGAUGGUGAUUGAGUACAUCGGAGAAGUUAUCCGUACGGAAGUUUCUGAGCUUCGGGAAAAGCAAUACGAAGCAAGGAAUCGCGGUAUCUAUAUGUUCCGAUUGGAUGAGGAACGCGUGGUAGAUGCGACACUUUCCGGUGGGCUGGCUCGGUAUAUCAAUCACUCAUGCAAUCCAAACUGCGUGACGGAAAUCGUCGAAGUCGAACGGGAGCUUCGCAUUAUCAUCUUUGCCAAGCGGCGCAUCAAUCGCGGUGAAGAACUGUCCUAUGAUUACAAGUUUGAUAUUGAGGAUGAUGCUCAUAAGAUUUCCUGUAUGUGCGGCGCUCCCAACUGCAAGAAGUGGAUGAAUUAGGUCUCGGACGAACAAGGCAUAUUAUGUACUAUAUUUUUUAAAAUUUUCAAAUUGUAUUUAAUAGUUACAGAUUUAUUUAGUUGUAUUUGCUGUUAAAUAUUCUUAUUCGUUUAGAUUAAUCGUAGUAGUUUUAGGCAUGAAGUCAGUUUCUUACUCACAGCUAUGAUAUGACAAGCGUUGUUUAUUUGCGAGCAAAAAAUGAGCUAGUCUCAAGUGGAAUUAUGUUAGGACGUACGCAAUAGUGCAUAAAGUAUGAAUAAACAUAUAGAAUUCAUUUCAAUUGUGUCGGUUACCGCGUAGCUAUUUUCCGUUUGUUCUCUCCAGUAGAAACAGUAGCAAAAAUGUCUCAAGAAAAUGCUUUAGCUAGAAGCACCUGAAGAAACUGUCUUAGAAGGGAAAAUAUAUCCAUUUGGUGGAUUAGUAGAAAACAUAGACAAGCAUAGCAAAACUUCGGUAGUUAGGCGCAGUAUAUUUUAAAUUUGAAAUAAGUAAAUACACGGAUAAAAUCUGGGAUUAAGCUAUAACAACUAUUAGAAAGUAUACUUAGGGCUACAAAAGUACUUGGAACAAUAAGCAAAGCAGAGGGGUAAAAGCAAACACUAAAUCACAAUGGAAAUAUGUCUAUAUUUUCAGACAAAUAUUUUGCAAUAUAUAUAGGUAUAUAUAUAUAUUUUUUGUAUACUAUGAAAGAAGGUUGUUGAAUAACUUCUUAAUAGACAGGAGGGAUCAAGAAAGUCGCGACAUUUGAUUGAUGUCCUGGGACUACUAGAAAAAAGCAUCCACCCGAAUAGAGUGUAGGUGCGCCAUUGUGGUAUGAGUAAUUACAAAAAUAUGGAGUCAACCAGGUUUUGUAAAUAAGCUUUAAUGCACGCGAUAUUAAAUUGAAUAGU